AUGACCGACACCAACCGCGGACACCCAGAAGCCGAGAAUGACGUCACCGCAUCCCAGGUCGCUGCCGUUUGCUUGAUCCAGCGUGUAUAUCGGGGAUACCGCACGCGGAGAGAGCUUCAGGGACGACACUUGACCGCGACAAAUCGCUGGAUCGAUGUAAGGCCUCGCAUUGGACGUGGUUUCGACAGUAAGCUGACCGCGCAGAUCGUCGCGGAGACGCAAUCGCAGGCCCGCCAUCGCUCAGCUGCAUCCACAGCAGGCUCACCGGCCGCCCAAGCCCAUCGUAACUGGAGCCAUGCCGUCCAUGUGGCUAAGCUGGCUCGCGGUGAUAGUCACGCUCGGCAGCGCGAGACAUCCCUUCAACCCACCAAACCGGCUCCGGCAACGAUAAGCAAGGCCAUGGAUCUACAGUACUUCCUCGAGAUGAUGGAUCCAAGUCAUCGUCACGGGAGCAACCUGCGAAAGUAUCACGAGUACUGGAAAGCCAUGGAUACCCACGAGAACUUUUUCUACUGGCUAGACUACGGCGGUGGGAAAGGUGUCGAGCUUCCUGAAUGCCCCAGGGAUAAGUUAUCGCGUGAGAAAGUCCGGUACCUCUCUCGCGAGGAGAGACUGAACUAUCUGGUGAAGGUUGAUCAGAGGGGCAGAUUCCGCUGGGCCAGGAACAACGAGUUAGUAUGGACUAACAAUAGUCUGUACGAGGACGGUGCAGACGGCAUCUCGCCUAUUCGCGCUGUGAGUCCUCCGGGAAAGGGUAGUUCGGAUGCCAGGUCAAGGCUGAAAUUACGCCACCGAUCGGCACCAGAGUCCUUGCUGGACAAGGAGACGCAAGUUUCAGAUACCGAAUCUGAUCCUGCUCACGGCCUCUCGAGUCGCAGGCGGCAGAUUAUCAACAGUAUCAAAGAUAAACUCUUUGGCAAGGACGACUGGUGGAUCUUCGUUGCCGACCCUUCUUAUCGCUUAUAUAUCGGUAUCAAACAGCGAGGUUCUUUCCAGCACUCGUCGUUUCUCCGCGGGGGCCGGAUAGCUGCUGCUGGGCUGAUCAAGAUCCGGGGGGGAAAACUGCGAGAUCUGGCUCCGCUGAGCCGGGAUGGAAGGAUAUGUCGGCACUAA